AGCAGCACAGCAGCUGCCGCCGCUGCAGCCACCGCGUCCACAGCAGCGCGAGCUGGGGGCCCGCGGCGCGGCCGAGAGCAGAGGGGCGGCGGCGCCCGCCCCAGCCGAGCCGAGCCAAGCCGAGCGCUCAGCCCGGCCGCCGCAGCUGCCUCGCAGAUGCCAUCACAGCAACAAAGAGCUCGCUGAGCGGAGAGCCGCGGCGAGGGCGCGCCCGGGAGCAGCCGGAGGAAGCGCGUGGGGGGUCUGGGGGAGGGAAGGGGGCAGAAGAUGGCCCAGAAGAGAAAGCCCCCCAGCAUCAAGGGUGAUCCAAGGACAUAUGACCCAGAUUUCAAGGGGCCUGUUGCCAACAGGAGUUGUACAGAUGUUCUGUGCUGUAUGAUCUUCCUACUGUGUAUUAUUGGCUACAUUGUUUUAGGACUUGUGGCCUGGGUACAUGGGGACCCCAGAAGAGCGACCUAUCCUACAGACAGCCAGGGCCACUUUUGUGGCCAGAAGGGCACCCCCAAUGAGAACAAGACCAUUUUGUUUUACUUUAACCUGUUACGUUGUACCAGUCCCUCGGUGAUGCUAAACCUGCAGUGCCCUACCACACAGAUCUGUGUCUCCAAGUGCCCAGAAAAAUUUUUAACCUAUGUGGAAAUGCAACUUUUAUACACAAAAGACAAGAGCUACUGGGAAGACUACCGCCAGUUCUGUAAGACCACUGCUAAGCCUGCAAAGUCUCUCACACAACUUUUACUGGAUGAUGAUUGUCCAACAGCGAUUUUUCCAAGCAAACCUUUUCUCCAGAGGUGUUUCCCUGACUUCUCUACCAAAAAUGGCACUUUAACAAUAGGAAGUAGAGUGGUGUUUCAAGAUGGAAAUGGAAAGACAAGAAGUGUUAUAGAACUCAGGGAUGCUGCAAAUGGUAUUAAUAAACUACUUGAUGCAAAGUCACUUGGAUUGAAAGUCUUUGAAGACUAUGCAACAACUUGGUAUUGGAUUCUCAUUGGGCUUACGAUCGCCAUGUUCCUUAGUUGGAUAUUUUUGAUACUCCUGAGGUUCAUAGCUGGAUGCCUCUUCUGGGUCUUCAUUAUUGGUGUGAUUGGAAUUAUAGGUUAUGGAAUAUGGUACUGUUACCAGGAAUACACCAAACUUCAGGAACACCCAAGUUCUGUAUUAACUAUCUAUGACAUCGGGAUUCAGACUAGCAUAAGCAUGUACUUUCAACUGAAACAAACAUGGUUCACAUUUAUGAUAAUACUCUGCAUCAUUGAAGUGACUGUCAUCCUCAUGCUGAUCUUCCUCAGGAAUCGAAUCCGAGUGGCCAUUAUCCUGCUGAAGGAAGGAAGCAAAGCCAUUGGAUACAUUCCUAGUACAUUAGUUUAUCCAGCUUUAACUUUCAUUUUGCUGUCAAUCUGCAUUUGCUACUGGGUCGUGACAGCAGUUUUCUUGGCAACAUCAGGGGUACCUGUAUACAAAGUCAUAGCCCCAGAGGGGCACUGUAUACAUGAAAAUCAAACCUGUGACCCAGAGAUUUUUAAUACAACUGAAAUUGCCAAAGCUUGUCCUGGGGCUCUGUGUAACUUUGCUUUUUAUGGUGGAAAGAGUUUGUACCAUCAAUACAUCCCUACCUUCCAUGUAUACAACUUAUUUGUUUUUCUCUGGCUUAUAAACUUUGUCAUUGCACUGGGUCAGUGUGCCCUUGCUGGUGCAUUUGCUACUUAUUACUGGGCCAUGAAAAAACCUGAUGACAUCCCACGAUACCCACUUUUUACUUCAUUUGGACGAGCCAUACGAUAUCACACAGGAUCUCUAGCAUUUGGAUCUUUAAUUAUUGCAUUAAUUCAAAUGUUUAAAAUAAUCUUAGAAUACUUGGACCACCGUCUUAAACGUACCCAGAACACACUUUCUAAAUUCCUAAAAUGCUGCCUGAGAUGCUGUUUCUGGUGUUUGGAAAAUGCAAUAAAGUUUUUAAACAGAAAUGCCUAUAUUAUGAUUGCAAUAUACGGCAGAAACUUCUGCAGAUCAGCAAAAGAUGCAUUCAAUCUGCUGAUGAGAAAUGUUUUAAAAGUUGCAGUUACAGAUGAAGUUACAUACUUUGUAUUAUUCCUGGGGAAAAUUCUAGUUGCUGGAAGUAUAGGUGUUCUGGCCUUCCUAUUCUUCACACAAAGAUUACCAGUGAUUGCACAAGGACCAACAUCUUUAAAUUACUACUGGGUACCUUUGCUGACGGUCAUUUUUGGGUCUUACCUGAUUGCACAUGGGUUCUUCAGCGUCUAUGCAAUGUGUGUUGAAACAAUUUUCAUCUGCUUCUGUGAAGAUCUGGAAAGAAAUGAUGGAUCUACAGAAAAACCCUACUUCAUCACCCCUAACCUGCACGGAAUUCUGAUCAAGAAGCAACUCAUUCCCCAGAAACAGAAAGAGUAGAAAAGCUCCAAACAAUGUCACUCAUGUUUAAGUAGAAGUUGUGUAAAUUAGGCUGAUUGUAAUUUGAAAAUGUUGCUUUUGAGUAAUGUGAAAUUUCUGUGCUUAAUUCUAAGAAGUCAGCACCUGGUACCACCUGAGGUGUCAGGCAUUUGAUGACAUUAGCUGCUGUCUACUUUAUAGACUGUGGUCCCAACUAAAGAUCAAAAUGUUAAUGUCCAACGUUUUUUAAAAUCUGUAGCCAAGAGUGUUUUAAUAACUUUUAUAACUCAGUGUGCUGUUUCCAUUGCAGCACUUUGAUAGCCUUUCUUUUUAUAAGUGUAUAUUUGUAAAGGAUAUUCAGGCAAUUUUUGAAAACACUAUAAAUGUGUAAUUUAUUAGCCAUAAAAUAUUGAUUUAUAGUUAACCAGCAUAUGGUACUAAAUUUGUAAAUAUGGUGCUAUGGUUAUAUUUAUACUGUUCAAGCUGGUGGACAACUCUCUAAACUGUGAUUAAACUUGUAUUAAUGGUUCCCUAGGAAGUAUAUUUCAGUGAGUCAAGUCCAUAACAAACAUAGAUGUUAAUGUUAUAUAGGUUCUACAGAGAGCAUUACUGGGUAAAAAUUACUGUGGAACCUUCAUAGCCCAUUCUGUUUUAUUGGAAUGAUGUUUAUAUUGAAGUCCAAUCUGAGUUCUGGAGUGUCAUUUCCAACAUGAACCUCUGUCCAUGGUGAAAAUGUUCUGAACAAACUGAAAUUGCUACAUAACUCAUGCCUUUUGUCUUUAACCCAAAUUUCCUAUUUCCACUAUAUAGAAAACCAGUAUGAAUUUGUUUCAGAAGAGUGAUUAUAUCUUUUCAUGAGCAUACCUGUAUUUCUAGAUUAAAGAGAUUGUGUGCUUUUGUUCUACAAAAGGCUUAAUUUUGUCUCAACUUUCAGCAAGGAAAGAGAAAAGUAAAACACUUCAGAUUUUACCCUAAGGAAAUAUAUUGUGGGCCCUCAUCAUCCUUUAUGUGAGGCAUACUGCAGGUUAGGAACUCGCCCUGCAGGGCUUAGGAGGAAGGUUAUGCCCAUAUGCCACCCCUGCUGGCCAGAGGUUUCUGGUAGUCAUGCCUAAGUUUUGAAUGACAGAACAAAGCAUGAAUCAGACACAUACCUUGCCUAGCCAUCCCCUGUGUGCAAAUGUGUAUGAUGUAGUUAAUGGUGUAAAAUUGCAUCCCAAAAGGAGCAUUGAAUCAAUUUGUAUCUUCUUGGCAUUUACCUUAAGCUUAUGUAUAAGGAUUAUGUAUGUAUUGACAGAAAGGAACAUGUUGAUGUAACAUGUUGCUCUGAAUAUCACCCAUAUAUCCAAGAAGAGUCAGAAAUGUAUUAUUGUGUUAUAGAUUGAUAUAAAUACUUAUUAUCUAUAAGUGUAGAAACCUAGAUUUAAAUUGACUCUAUGGCAGAUUAAUUAAUAGCAAUAAGCCAAUGAAUAGGGAAGAUUUUUAAUAUGUAAUGCUGUUGCUUACAUUCUUGAGAUUAUUGUAUUCAGAAGUGUCUCCUGGCUUCACAUUUUGGCAAACAGCCUUCUGCAUUCUUAUUCUCCUUGAAGCAUAAUGCAGAGAAUAAUGACAACUUAUCUAUCUAGAUUAUUAUUAUUUUAUGAUUCAACAAGACAAGGGCCACAACAAAGAACUAGUAGAAUAGUGACCUCUACCUGAGAACUUGUUAUAACUAUAGAUGUCUGUGCUCUGCCCAGGAGAUUCUGAUAUAUUGUGAUUUGAUAUGAGCCACAAUGUGAAUUAUUAUAAAGUUCUCUAGCUGAUUCCAAUAUACAUAAAAGUUGAAAAAUUGGCCAGAUGUGGUGGCUCACACCUGUAAUCCCAGCACUUUGGGAGCCCAAGCUGGACAGAUUGCUUGAGACUAGGAGUUCCAGACUAGCCUAGGCAACAUGGUGAACCCCCAUCUUUAUUAAAAAUAUAAAAAUUAGCCAAGUGUGCUGGCACACACCUGUAGUCUCAGCUACUCAGGAGGCUGAAACGCAAGGGUUGCUUGAGCCCAAGAGGUCAAGGCUGCAGUUAACCAUGAUCACACCACUGCAUUUGAGCCUGGGUGACAGAGCAAAACUGUCUCAAAAAAAAAGAAGUUGAAAAAUCACUUGACUAAAACAUAAAUCAAC